GCCAAAUCUAGCAAAACGUCAAGAUAGCUCGGCUGGUAACGCAGCUCAGCUAGGGGUUAUUAUUAUUAUAAUAUAUUUUUUUCAAUCAUUAACGUUACUUUUAGCUAGCAAAAGUCACUUACGCCGCGUGAAAAAACAAGCCACGUUAGCAUUAACGUGUCGUCUCGUGGAAACCACAGCGGUGUCCCGAGAACACGCGCAUCGUAUUUUAGGGACACAAUUCAAAACACUUUAUCGAAGAUCCAAUGUUUCUGACUUUGUUUGAGCCAAAAUGGCGGACUUCGCCUCGACAGCAAAGCACAGUGACGUAAGGUUGGUGUUUAUGCGCCGACGGUCGACGCCUGCUCGAAAUGUUGAUUGAAAAGCAAAAAAGCUCGAAUGGAGAGGUACAAUUUCAAUGAAAAAUAAACAAUUGGCGAUGGAAAUAUAUUGUGGUUAAUUAUUAAAAUGGUGUGCGUACAAUUAGUGGCAAAAGGGUUGCAUUUGUUCUCCGGCAAAAGUCCAACUACCAUGGGAUUGUUGUUGUCACAGGACCCCGAGAAGCACGUUGAAAUGUUUACGGUGGAGCGCCGUUAGCUGUCGACCAGAUACACGUGUUAAUGAAUUGAACAACUUUGAAUGUAUGAAUAAAACAUAACGAGUACGCGACAAGAAAGGGCGCCGCAUAGAGCAGCGGACAAUGGGAACGUCUACACGGUAGUAAAUACUGUUUCAUGCGCGGUUAAGAGCCGUUUGCUCUCACGCAACAUGGUGUCUCCACUGGUCGUUCCCGUCAUUGAUGUCCAGAAUGAUAACUUCAAAGAGCUUUGGCCCGCUAUGGUACUGGCCAUUAAAACGGCUUCCUUCGUUGCGCUGGACACGGAGCUGAGUGGUCUCGGAAACAGGAAGUCCUUGCUGGCCGAAUCGAUAGAGGACCGGUACAGAGCCAUAUGCCAGGCGGCCCGCUCCCGCUCCAUCCUCUCCCUGGGAAUCGCCUGUUUCAAGAGACUGCAGGACAAGGCUGCAGAAACAUACCUGGUCCAGGUGUAUAACCUCACCCUGCUGUGUUCAGAGGAGUACGUCAUCGAGCCCCAGUCAGUCCAGUUCCUGGUCCAGCAUGGGUUUGACUUUAACAAGCAGUAUGCCAGCGGAAUCCCUUACCUCAAGGGAAAUGGCAAGGGGCCGUCUGACGACCAGGGGGUCCACAUCCGGGCCCUGUUCACCGAUCUGCUGCGGGCCAGGAAGCCCGUAGUGUUCCACAACGGCCUCAUCGACAUAGCCUUCCUCUACCAGAGCUUUUAUUCACAUCUGCCCGAGCGCUUGGACACCUUCACAGCCAACCUGUCCGAGAUGUUUCCUGCCGGCAUCUACGACACCAAAUACGUCACGGAGUUCGAGCUCCGCCUCACUGCCUCCUAUCUGGAGUACGCCUACAAGAAAUGUAAGCUGGACAACAGUCGCCUUGUGACCUCUGGAGGGACCGGGCCUCACGUCCAUGCCGAGUUCUGUCAGUACGCCGGUCACAUGUCCAGAUACGUGGACUACAGAGUGUGUCCAGAUGUGGCCUCUGCCGAGGGACCGACUGACAUCUGCCAGCGUUUCUCUGCGUUCGGCUGGUGUCCAGACGGCGCACAGUGCCCGCUGUCCCAUGACACGGACCUGAUCAUCCUCCAGGACGAGAAAGGCACGGGGGACAAGAGAAAACGGAAGAAGAGAAUCCGAAACAAGAAGAGAGGGAGAGGCGAGGCGGAGGACGACCCCUCCAUCUGUGACGGCGCCCCCGAGCACAAAAUCCUCCACACGGAGGCGGUCCCCGGAGAAACACCAGCCGAGCCGUGCCCAGAAAGAGGGCCCCUGGUGGACAGGGGUGGAAAAACCCUGCGGAGCGAAGCAGUGGACAUGGAAGCAGACGGCGAGGGGAACGGAGUGUCCGGAGACGACCACGACUGCAGAAACCCGGUGGCGGCCGCGACCGACGACGUCACGAACGCAAAAAACGACACAAACGAGAGCAGAGAGGAAGACGGAGGGAGAGGACCGUUGAGCGACUCCCCACCCAAGGCCGAAGCUCCGAAGACCAAGGCCGACCCGGGGACGCACCGGGCCGGGUUCGAUGCCUUCAUGACGGGAUACAUUUUUGCCCACUCAUGCACCCUGAUCAAGAAGGAAGGAGUGAGCGCUGUGGAGAAGAAGGAGGAGGAGACUGAGAAGAAGGAGAAGGAGGAGCAGUCGUGGCUUCCGACGUGUCUCAAUAAGGUCUACCUCAGUGGCAAGGCCACUCCUCUCAACGUGGUUAAAAGUACCUUCGCCAGGUCGUCCAAAGCACACGUGCAGAAGAUGUCGACGGUGUGGGGGGGGGCAGUGUAGUGUACACACAGCGUUCUAGUGUGCACACGAUCACCAUUUCUAUGGAUGGCGAUUAUCGGCCCAUCACUUUGGUUUGGACAGAAAUAUCUCAACAACCGUUUAUAGGAUUGCUGUGAAAUGUUCUCCAGUCGUGAUGAAUCGGAUUGACUUCUUCCUCCAUCUCCACGAGGUUGUCAUUUUAGUUAUUUUUUCAGCUAAAUAUAUUGACAAUUAUUGGAUAGACACGUCAGUGAUCACAUCAUCGGGUCAAUAUUUGUAUUUUACCAUUACGUCCUCAUUAAAUAGCCACCAGCAUGGCUUUUUUUGGUUAUUGAUAAUAUUCUCUUUACUUUUGGCGAUAACUUUCACUCUGACAAUAUCGACAAUCCAGGGGGGAUUUUUUUUUUAGUCCUUUUUGGUUUUAUGCUCCCUAGUAAUUUGUAUUUCUUUAGCAGUCUUCUGUAGAUGUUUCACCUCCUCAUCCGACUUCAGAUACUCGCAUCUUUUUCAAUUUUCUCAAGUGAGAUGAUGGUUUACAUUUAAUCCCUCAUUUCAGAUUUUGUAAAAUAAAGGAAUGCUCUUUCAUGA